CACCCCUGAUGUAGUAGGAGGCUAGAAAAACAACGUGUAAAUCACCAUAAACGGAGUCCACGUCAACUUAUCUGAAGCAGUGUGGUCGGUUACUUAAUGAGGGGAAAGAAAACAACAUAUACUUUGUUUAUCAUCCCGGACAGGAAUUUACUGGUAUUUCGGUCUUGGUGAAUUGUUCCCUAUAAAUCUCAAAGUAGUGACUUUCUAGUGCGGAAACCUACUUUGGAGUCACUGCCCGAAGGGACAUGUAGCUCAGGGCUUCGACUGUUCAAAACUUCGGAAUUCGUAGAUUUGUGAAUAAGAGGCUCAAACUGUGAACCAGAUGUUGAAAAGAUGACCAUUUAUCUUUGGAUCAUACUCUUGGCACAACGUAGAGCAAUCCAUGGACUCCUGUUCACCAAGAACCCUACCAACCUCACAGUAACCCAGGGCAACACGGCUCGCCUGGGUUGUUGCGUCGAGGGCCUGAGUGAGCCGGAGAUUGUGUGGAUGAAGGAUGGGGAGAAGCUGUACAGCACAGACCAGAUGUACAUCCCCAUCGAGCAACACCACUGGGAGACCUUCCACAGUGUGAAGUCUGUCCAGCAACAGGAUGCAGGGAAGUACUGGUGUGAGGUAGAGUUCCAUGGCUUGACCAUCUCCUCUGAGCCCGCCUGGAUAACAGUCGAGGGUGUCCCCAACUUUAUACUUGAGCCCCAAGAUGUAGCCACGUUCCCUAGGGUGCCCUUUAACCUGACGUGUGCUGCUGUGGGCCCCCCGGACCCUGUGGAGGUGCUCUGGUGGCUGGGGGGAGUACAGAAGGGUGAUGCCACCUCCUCGCCAUCUGUACUCCGUGUUAACGGUGUGAAUAACAGCAUCAAGUUCUACUGCGAAGCCAAGAAUGCCAGAGGUAUCUCAGUAUCGCGAACAGGCACUGUGCACAUUAAAGUCCUCCCAGCAGCCCCUAAAGGUGUGCAGGUGGUCCACAUGGUGGAGAACAAUGUCACGCUGGCCUGGAGCCCAGGCUUCACUGGACACUCUGACCUGUCGGCCUGCACCAUCCAGAUGUCUAAGAACUCUGGGAGGAAGGUGGAACUUCUGGACCAGCGUGUAAAGGUUCCACCAUUCCAACAGAUCCUCAGUGGGCUGAGCUGCUACUCCAACUACAGUGUUCGAGUGUGCUGUGACAAUGAGGUUGGGACCUCCCUAUUCUCUGGCUGGCUGGACUUUCAGACACCAGAAGCAGUGCCCUCUGCUGCCCCCCAGAACCUGACAUUUGACCUAACGGAGCAGCAGCUGUCCAUGAACUGGGCGACUUUGGAGGACGAUGAGCUGCAGGGGAAACUGAUGGCCUACAAAGUCCAGUGGAACAUGGGAGGAGAAGGACAGGAGGCUCUGUUCUUUAAAGAGAAUGUGGCCCACCUGUCCGGUGGAGGUCGUUUCUUCAACGCCACCUUCCACGUGUCAGCGUGUACAGUGGCUGGUUGUGGGCCCUGGAGCCAGCCUGUACUGGUCAUGCCCGCCUCAGCAUUGGCAGCCCAGAUGCAGAGAGGUCAUAUGUGGGUGGGUCUUCUGUUGGGCCUGCUGGUGGCCACCAUGGUGGGGCUUCUCUUGACAGUCCUAGUGCACCGCAGAGGGAAGGAGACACAGUUUGGGUCUGUCUUCAAUCCCCCAGGGAAUGAGCGCUUGGUGUCCUUCACUGCAGCCAGGUCAUUCAACAGGACCUGCCCCGAGCUCCCAGAAUCCAGCUUGGACAGUUUGGGUAUCAAUAACGAUCUAAAGGCCAAACUGCAAGACGUCCUGAUCCCAGAAAGACUACUGACCCUCGGACACAUGUUGGGAAAAGGUGAGUUUGGCUCAGUGCGUGAGGCCUUCCUAAAGAUGGAGGACAGUACUGUACAGAAAGUUGCAGUGAAGGUGCUCAAAACGGAUAUCAACUCGUCAUGUGAUAUUGAACAGUGCCUGAAGGAGGCUUCUCAUAUGAAGGACUUCGAUCAUCCUAAUGUCAUCCAGCUCAUUGGAGUGAGUUUGCACAGUCGCCCUCAGCAACGGUUGCCCAUCCCCAUGGUUAUCCUGCCAUUCAUGAAGCAUGGGGACCUUCACACAUUUCUGCUCUUGUCCCGCCUUGGAGACGAGCCCUUUACCGUGUCACUGCAGAUGCUCAUACAGUUCAUGUUGGACAUCGCUCGUGGAAUGGCGUACCUGAGCAACAAAAGCAUCAUACACAGAGAUCUGGCUGCGCGCAACUGCAUGCUUAGUGAAAACCUGACAGUCUGUGUGGCAGACUUUGGGCUGUCAAAGAAAAUCUACAGUGGCGACUACUACAGACAAGGAUCUGUCUCAAAGCUGCCUGUCAAGUGGAUAGCACUGGAGAGCCUUGCUGACAAUGUCUACACUACUCAGAGUGAUGUGUGGGCAUUUGGAGUCACCAUGUGGGAGAUCAUGGCACGGGGACAGACCCCUUAUCCCGGGGUGGAGAACUCCGAAAUCUAUGAGUACCUCAUCAAGGGAGAGAGGCUCAAACAGCCACCUGACUGCCGAGACAACAUUUAUGAGAUCAUGCAUAGCUGCUGGAGCCCUGUUCCCAAGUGCCGCCCCAGUUUCCUGCACCUGAUUGACCAGCUGGAGGGGCUGUGGGCCAGCCUAUCCCCUGGGCCUAGCUGCAUUAAGGAGGUCCUUCUCUACGUUAACCUGGAGAAUGACAAGGGGGAGCAGGGGGCAGGGGCACUGGGUCCAAGGAAGGACCCCUUCUGGUCAGGAAUGCCCUCGCAGUGUGUGGGGAUGGAGGAGGAUGAGAAAGACUGGCUCGUGGUGUCUUCUGGGGCAGCUCUGGCUGUCGGUGGAGACUACCGCUACAUCAUCGGUCCUACCUGUCAUGGCACUGAAGAGGACGGUGGGAGGCAGGGGGACUCGAUGGAUACCUUGCAGCCAGACGUUAGGGAUGAGGAAUAUGAAGAUGCGUUCAUUAAUGUGUGAUUUUACAUUUCGACCACCAUGCUGCCUCCCCUGCCCUCCUUAACUGACCUUGUGUACAGAUCUCAGACUGGCAAGUUGGUUGUGGAGGGUUGGUCACUCACUACUGUCCUCCAGUGAAGUUUCUGAAAACGAAUGGAUGCUCACCAGCAUGACCUAACGGAGCAGAAUUGGAUUGAAGUUCAUAUCUCAAUGAACUUUUCUACCCAUUUUAUUUCCAGUUAUUCUGUCCUUUGUGUACAUUAUACUAUGACUUCACACCAAUACACACACACAAUCAGCCUCACUAUUACAUUGACAAAAAGCGCAGUAUAUUUUAGAUCUUGACUGAUACACAUUUCUCUUUUCAAUGGAAAACUCACUGACCGAGGCAUUAUUUAGUCUGUAGAUAUGUACCUUUUGAUGUUUUAGGGAAUGAAUUUAUUAACAAAUGCUGCCUACUAUAGGUAUUGAACAUUGGCAUUUGCUGCUUUGCGAACUUACUCCCUUUCAUACCCUAAACUCAAUAUAAUAAGCAGCUCCAGUCCAAAAGCCUCUAUUACACUUGUUCUUAUUUAACCUUAACAUUUUAAUGGACCACAACUGAAAUAAUCAUUUAAAGCAGUGGUCACCAAUCUGAGUUGAGAUUACUUUUGAGUCCAAAAGCAAGACAAGCUCUACCGCUCAGAUUUAUUUUGUUUUACGUAACCUUUCUGAAUUACAGUUCAUGUAAGGAAAUCAGUCAAUGGAAAAAAUUAAUUAUGCCCUAAUCUCUGAUUUCACAUGACUGGGCAGGCUCGCAGCCAUGGAUGGGCCUGGGAGGGCAUAGGCCCACCCAUUGGGGAGCCAGGCCCAGUCAAUCAGAAUUAGUUUUUCCCCACAAAAGGGUUUUAUUAGACAGAAAUAUCCUCAGUUUCAUCUGCUGUCCAGGUAGUUGGUCUCAGAUGAAGAAGCUGGAAGUGGAGGUCCUGGGCUGGUGUGGAUACACGUGAUCUGCGGUUGUGAGGCCUGGCAACAUUCCUGCAAUCAGAAUGCCACUUUCAAACUCCCUCAAAACUGUGGCAUUGUGUGACAACUGCAGCACAAGGUGCACUCGUGUAAUGAUCAUGCUGUUAAAUCAGUUUCUUGAUAUGCCACACCUGUCAGUUGGAUGGAUUAUCUUGGUUUAAAGAGAAAUGCUCAAUAACCAGGAUGUAAACAAAUGUGUGCACAAAAUUUGAGAGAAGCUUUGUGCAUAUGGGACUUUUUUUCAGCUCAUGAAACAUGGGACACACACUUUACAUGUAGAGUUUUUCAUUUUUGUUCAGUUUAUAUUUCAAAAUGUGAGGUAUGAUCACACCAGCAAUUGAUCAGUUGUAUUACUUGUAAGGCACAGCUGAGUGAGCAUAUAUUUGAAAUAAUAAAAAAUAAAUCUGGGCUGAUGGUGCCUGCAUCUGAUGGUCAGGCCCAGCUGAGGAAGAGCAGCAGACUGAGGGUCUGCCUCUCAACAUCUCCCUUCUCUCCCUUUCCUCCACUGACACUGACCAAAUAGGGACAGUCUGCCAGCUGAUGGCAAAACUCGAGUCGCACCGCAUAAUUUCUGCCUCAUGCACAAAUUCAUGUUACUCCUAUGAACUAUUUUAAUAGCAUAUAAGUGUUGAAUAAAAAGGUGUUGAGUAAGAACUUAAACUCACUCAAAAACAGCAGCUCUUUGCUGUAGUCGUUGACAGUCUCUCUAGUCAUGGUUUGAAAUCUCACAGUAUCAACAUUGCUGUAGUUUUUUUUUAUACAGUGGGGAGAACAAGUAUUUGAUACACUGCCGAUUUUCCUACUUACAAAGCAUGUAGAGGUCUAAUUUUUAUCAUAGGUACACUUCAACUGUGAGAGACGGAAUCUAAAACAAGAAUCCAGAAAAUCACAUUGUAUGAUUUAAGUAAUUUGCAUUUUAUUGCAUGAAAUAAGUAUUUGAUACAUCAGAAAAGCAGAACUUAAUAUUUGGUACAGAAACCUUUUGUUUGCAAAUACAGAGAUCAUACAUUUCCUGUAGUUCUUGACCAGGUUUGCACACACUGCAUUUUGGCCCACUCCUCCAUACAGACCUUUUCCAGAUCCUUCAGGUUUUGGGGCUGUCGCUGGGCAAUACGGACUUUCAGCUCCCUGCAAAGAUUUUCUAUUGGGUUCAGGUCUGGAGAGUGGAGUUUAGACCAAAAAACUAUAUUUUUGUCUCACCAGACCACAUGACCUUCUCCCAUUCGUCCUGUGGAUCAUCCAGAUGGUCAUUGGCAAACUUCAGACAGGCCUGGACAUGUGCUGGCUUGAGCAGGGGGACUUUGCGUGCGCUGCAGGAUUUUGAUCCAUGACGGUGUAGUGUUACAAUAAUGGUUUUCUUUGAAACUGUGGUCCUAGCUCUCUUCAGGUCAUUGACCAGGGCCUGCCGUGUAGUUCUGGGCUGAUCCCUCACCUUCCUCAUGAUCAUUGAUGCCCCACGAGGUGAGAUCUUGCAUGGAGACCCAGACCGAGGGUGAUUGACCGUCAUCUUGAACUUCUUCCAUUUUCUAAUAAUUGCGCCAACAGUUGUUGCCUUCUCACCAAGCUGCUUGCCUAUUGUCCUGUAGCCCAUCCCAGCCUUGUGCAGGUCUACCAUUUUAUCCCUGAUGUCCUUACACCCUCUCUGGUCUUGGCCAUUGUGGAGAGGUUGGAGUCUGUUUUGAGUUUCUGGAUAGGUGCAGUUAACAGGUAAUGAGUGGAGAACAUACGGACUUAAAAAUCAUACAAUGUGAUUUUCUGGAUGUUUGUUUUAGAUUCCGUCUCUCAAAGUUGAAGUGUACCUAUGAUAAAAAAUUACAGACCUCUACAUGCUUUGUAAGUAGGAAAACCUGCAAAAUCGGCAUUGUAUCAAAUACGUGUUCUCCACUGUAUAUCUAUUUUUUACACUCACUACUUUACUGCAGACACCGAUUGGCCAGCGGUAGGCCUAUAUAGCACUUGAUUUGCUCUCCGGGCCGCUGGGAAAGCAGAGUUAGUACCUUCAGACACAUGAAAUUAUUCAAAAUGGGAACACUUCACCUUCCCGGCACGCAGGGCAGCUGAAUGGGGUGCACCUACCGUCUCACUACUAAAAUAUUGAAUAGGAACGCAAGGCUUUAUCGCUGGGUUUUUACAGAAAUGUUUGGCGAUCGACGAGGAAUGCCUUGGAUCUUGGACAGUCCAUGGCGAUGACCGGUUGGUGACCACUGCCUUAAAGGGAUACUCCGAGAUUUUUGCAACGGCCUUUUUAUCUAAACUCAGCAAAAAAAGGAACCUGUUUUUCAGGAACCUGUCUUUCAAAUAUAAUUUGAAAAAAAUCCAAAUAACUUCACAGAUGUUCAUUGUAAAGGGUUUAAACACUGUUUUCCAUGCUUGUUCAAUGAACCAUAAACAAUUAAUGAACAUGCACCUGUGGAACGGUCGUUACGACACUUAACAGCUUACAGACGGUAGACAAUUAAGGUCACAGUAAUGAAAACUUUAUUAAGGACACUAAAGAGGCCUUUCUAUUGACUCUGAAAAACACCAAAAGAAAGCUGCCCAGGGUCCCUGCUCCUUUGCGUGAACGUGUCUUAGGCAUGCUGCAAGGAGGCAUGAGGACUGCAGAUGUGGCUAGGGCAAUAAAUUGCAAUGUCUGUACUGUGAGACGCCUAAGACGGCACUAAGGGGGGACAGGACGGACAGCUGAUCGUCCUCGCAGUGGCAGACCACAUUUAACACCUGCAUAGGAACGGUACAUCUGAACAUCACACCUGCGGGACAGGUACAGAAUGGCAACAACUUCCCGAGUUACACCAGGAAUGCACAAUCCCUCCAUCAGUGCUCAGACUGUCCGCAAUAGGCUGAGCGAGGCUGGACUGAGGGCUUAUAGGCCUGUUGUAAGGCAGGUCCUCACCAGACAUCAAUGUCGCCUAUGGGAACAAACCCACCGUUGCUGGACCAGACAGGACUGGCAAAAAGUGCUCUUCACUGACGAGUCGUGGUUUGGUCUCACUAGGGGUGAUGGUCUGAUUCGUGUUUAUUGUCGAAGGAAUGAGUGUUACACAGAGGCCUGUACUUUGGAGCGGGAACGAUUUGGAGGUGGAGGGUCCAUCAUGGUCUGGGGCGGUCUGGCAAAUCUGGUACAGUCCACGAGGAGAUGCACUGCAGUACUUAAUGCAGCUGGUGGCCACACCAGAUACUGACUGUUACUUUUGUUCAGGGACACAUUAUUCAAUUUCUGUUAGUCACAUGUCUGUGGAACUUGUUCAGUUUAUGUCUGUUGUUGAAUCUUAUGUUCAUACAAAUAUUUACACGUUAAGUUUUCUGAAAAUAAACGCAGUUGACAGUGAGAGGACGUUUACUUUUUUUGCUGAGUUUACUUCCCCAGAGUCCGAUGAAAUCAUGGAUACCAUUUUUAUGUCGGUGCAUGCUGUUUGAAGGAAGUUUCUAACUAGUGUUAGCGCAAUGACUUGAAAUCAUAGGAGAUACCCAUAGACUUCCAGUCAUUGCGCUAAUGCUAGUUAGCAUUGGCUCACAAAACUGCCUCCAACUUCCUUCAUACUGGACACGGAGACAUAAAAAUGGUAUCAACAACCUUCCUGACUCUGGAAAGUAGAUAAAGACCUCAUUGCCAAAAUCCCAAAGUAUCCCUUUACAAUUUUUGUGAAUUAGUUAUUUUGAAGAGUACCAUUGAGUAUUUAUGAAACAGGAUAAUAUGCAGAAGGUUGUGUAUGUAUUCAAUAACUAAUUUUACCAGUGUGAAUAUGGAUAUGAUCUGUUAAGACAUUAGCCUGAUAAAAUGGGAGUCUGUCAUUCACUGAUGCUCAAAAUGCUUACAGAGACACCUUUUGAUUUUGCUUAUAGGCUAUGGGAUAUCAGGGGACAUGUUUCUAAUAUGUAUAUUUUCUAUGUAGUUUUUGUAUAUUGUUAUAAAAUCAUUUCCAUAGAUACAACCCAAAUCAUUAAAAACAGUGACUUAUGAAGCUGAUGCUUUGUGAUACUCUGACCAGUCCAUCCUUACCAGCCUGUGCCUAGUUGUUUUUAGAUUUGUACAUAAAGCUACAAUGUAAUUCUCACCUCAAGUGUAAGUAAAUAAAAAGGGUUGGUUGUUU